AUAUUCUGCAUCUAAUGAGUUUAUUAUGAGCAAUUCAUCGUGCCUUUGGGCGAAAGCUCGUGAGAAGCUUCCAGCGGAUGUGCGAGACUGGUUAGCCUCCCUUGAACAAGGCAUACAGCUCAACGCGACAGGGACCGAACAGAUCGAUGCACUCAUCAAACAGACAGCACAAAAGCAGCAAGAGCUUGGAAGGACCAGUCACAGGUUCAAGAAGUACUUUGACAACAUAAUCCGUUGGUUGGAUAAGUUCAAAGGGAUUGGCGAUGUCGUCUCUUAUUUUGACCCUGUGCAUGCGGCCCUUCCAUGGGCAGCCUUUCGAUUCAUAUUGCAGGCUAUAUUGGCCGAACGAGAGCAAGCAGAUACCGUCCUUGAACGUCUUGCCUCGACCCCGCACUUCGUCUUUUCUGGUCGCGUUCUAGAGAUUGUCUACACACAAGAGUCCAUGCACAUCGGAGGGACUCAAAAUGAGGUCAAACUUAGUCAACAAGGCCUCGAUAACUUGCGCGAGGAACUCAUCAAGCUUUACUCGGCGCUGCUCAGUGCUCUCAAGUAUUGUUACUUCAUUUCCAGCCAGCAUAAGGUCAAGCGCAAAGCCACGGCGAUAUUUAAUUCAUCCGAACUAGUGAGCAUCCAUGAGGACCUGGAAGCACAACACAAAAAGGUCAUAGAUCGCGGAGAGGACUGUCGAAAAAUCCUGAGUCAUACCUUAUCCCGCAAAUCUCUCGACUUGCUCAGAAGCAUCCAGCCAUCUCUUACUGAAAUAGGGGAUCGAGUCCGAGAAUUACUGGUGCGAAUUGACGAAUCUGAACGAUGCGAAACUCUUAAAAGUAUUUCUGCCAUUUUAUAUCGGGCUCACCACGAGGAAGUCAGUGGCAAGCGAACGGCGGGCACCUGUGAGUGGAUAUUGAAAAAGGAGAAGUUCAUUGGAUGGGAGGAAAGUGGCUCAUCAGUAACCAUUCUGUAUGGAAAUCCUGGGGCCGGCAAGACGUUUCUCAUCUCAAGAGUAGUCGACUAUUCUAUUGGGAAGGCUGAGACGAGUGAGGCAUUGGCCUUUUUCUAUUGCAAGAGGGACGAACAGAAUCGAAGAAAUCCUCAGGAUAUCCUCCGCAGCAUCCUUCGCCAGCUAUCUAAUCCAGUCAAGGACGUUGAAAGGGGAACGAUUCACGUCGCUCUUAAAGAUCUGCCAAACAGACUUGCACUCAAUGGUACAACCUUUGAUGUACCAACCUGCGAAAAUCUGAUUGGAAAGCUUAUCGAAAGUUAUUCCAAAACUACGAUUAUUCUGGAUGCCCUUGAUGAGUGCGAUAGAAAUACUCGGGAGGAGCUGAUGAGAGUCCUGAGCAGCCUCGCAAAUGGCAGCUCAAAAUUCCGCGUCUUUAUCUCCAGCAGACAUGAUGAGGACAUUCUACGUCAUUUUAGGGGUACACCUUUCAUGGAGAUGGAGGUAACAGACAAUGAAGAAGAUAUCUCCUGUUAUGUGGACGAUAGGCUGUUUCGAGAUUCUCGCUGGGCCCAUCUAAGUCCCGAGCUUCGGGAGGAGGUCAAAGCAGUGUUUCACGAAAAAAGUCUAGGCAUGUUUCAAUGGGCAGCACUGCAGGUAGACCAGAUUCAUCGGCUCAGAAUAUGGAACGAGAAGAAUAUUAGGGAACAAAUCCAGAUCUCACCUACCGGACUCAAAGGUGCUUACGAUGUUGUCUGGAAUCAGAUGCAAGAGAUGUCCUCGUACGAACAACAGCUAGCUAGGCGAGCCUUGCAAUGGGUUCUGUGCGCAUUCAGACCAUUAAUGCCUUCCGAACUGUCGCUCGUGAUGCAGAUCGAUCCCAACUCCGUUUCGACAGAAGCUGAUACGAUUUUCACCCCGGAGACUAUCCAGAGCAUCUGCGGAAACUUGAUUGUCUACGAUCGGAAGUCGAAUGUUUGGCGAUUCUCACACUUGUCGGCACGAGAAUACAUCGAGAGGCAUCAUUACAGCAUGUUUGAAUCACAUCACCAUGUUGCUAUUUCUUCUAUUAAGUUCCUUGAAAGAGAUCUAGUCAGGGUGCCACCAAGUCCGGAGUCACACAUGAAACAUUUUCUCCGGGUCGCUGCACAAAAACGACCUGAUCUAGCUGAUCCUUGUUUUAAAUUUACAGUUCGCUGUCCCUAUAUAGUUAAGCAUGUACUUUGGCAUGCUCAUGAGUUGGAUUCGCCCAGGUUCAGAGACUCUGAACUCUCGAAUCUUUUACGGAACUUCUUCGAACCGAUUUCAGAAGGUAGCCGGACUUUCCAGGCUUGGAGGUGUCUCUCAGUAAAAAUGGAGAUCCGGAGAGCUCUCCUCGUGAGAAAAGGCCUGGGAUAUUCAUCUCUGCAAAUAGCAUCGACACCCCUCCAGGUAAUGUCCAUCCACGGACUGUUUCACAUCCUGAGAGACUUGUGGGAGAGAGCGGGGGACAAGCUCAACGUAUUCCCUAUGUUGUCACCAUCUCCCCUUACCCUAGCUAUUCAGAAUCGGCAUGAACCCAUCUGGAAGUUCAUAUUGCUCGCAAAAGCGAAAGUUGAUAACGGCAUCCCGGUACCCCUGAUAGCAGCAAUACAAGUCGACGACAUGGAAGCUUUUGAUGCACUGCUUGAAGCCAAGGCAGAUGUGAACGGAUUUUAUAGCUUUGUUCAGACUGAAAGGCUUUCCCCGGACACUAAUAAAAUGAGACCAGAUACACCUCUGAAAGCUGCGUUGAGGCCUUCAAGGAAGCCAAAUCGAAGGUACUUCCUACAGAGACUGCUUGACAGAGGUGCAGACGUCAAUUUCAAGACAGGAUCUCGUACUAAUUUGGAGCUCGCUGUCCAGUAUGCCGAUGAAGAAUCCGUUAGAAUUCUUCUCGACACAAAUACAAAGGUGCGCAGUCCAGACCACCUCCUUAGGUUGGCGGCUCAGAACCGUAAAUCCAACCUCGUUCCAUUAUUCGUGAAGCUUGGCGCCAAUAUUGAAGAGCCGUUUGAAGGGGUCUUACCGUUAGUAUGGGCGUUGAGGGAGGGAAAUCUACCGAACGUUCGAUCCUUGUUGGAGAUGUCGGAUACACGAAUUGACCUGUCUUGUCAAGAGCAUAGGGAGGCAAUUCUCUCAGCCCUAUCGAAGCGCGAUAGAAGGAAUAUUUUCCCUCUUCUCUUUGAAUCUAACCCUUAUAUCAAUUGGAGGGACUGUGAGACCGAUACCCUAAGCAGGGCCGUAAUCUCAUAUCCCAAAUAUGAGUAUGAACUCCGUGGUCUCGGCCUCGAUGGGUCUAAUUCCGCGCUUCAAUGUGUCAAAAGAACAGCACACUGCCAGAUCAGCUUGUUCGAUACUUUGCUCAACGCCGGAGCAGGCCCAUCUGUCAGCGUUAAUUUCGGCUCUGGGGGUCCAUUGACUGCAGGUGCUUUUCAUGGUAGAUUGCAUCACUUCCGUGCUCUUCUUGAUCAGGAGAAGCUUCAAGUCAAACAAGAACAGAGAACUCUGUUUCGAACUGUUUUGUUCAUUUUGAUGAGCGGACGCCUAGGUAUCGAAUCUUGGAAAUCUCAUGAUAACCGGCGGAAGCCCUACGGUAGCGAAUACCUUUGUCCAAAACAUCUAGAGGUCCUUCAACUCCUGUUUGAUGGAGAUUUGAACGUUUACAUUCCAAUCUAUGACUUCCUAGAUCCGUUGAUUCCACUCGUUUAUAUCAAUGGGGAAGGCUAUGAAAUCAACAAUCCAUGUCACUUGUACCGAAAAGGUUACUAUGGAUAUUUUUCUCGACUUUGGUUCUCUAUCAUGUGGAAUCUACAAAAUGGCACAUUUCCACAGCUUCCUCUGCGUUCGCAACUUCUACGAUGGCAGUUUCCGGGAACAUUACCUCACCAAUUGUCUAUUGUCACAAGGCUGACGGCACUUUCUAGAGCUCGGCCAACCUACUUCAUCAAGCUUUCCAUGCGCCGCAAUCGCUCUCAGUUCAUUAUUGUUCCGGUACAGCAGGAGUUUCGCAAGCCACUGAGCCAGAAAUCGGGCGAUAGGAGAUGGAAAAAGUACAAGCCUGAAAGCUUUGGUUUCAGGGGAUUCACUCAGGUACCAGACAAAGGGGUUGGAACUGGAUUAUCAAAUACUGAAGUUUAUGUUGCAUCUGGCAAGGUUGAAGCAUAUUGCAAUUCUCGGUAUACUAGGAAUAUUGGUUGGGCUCUCCUUGCGUCUUUGGUCGGAUUGUUUUCUUUCUUCAUUGCCCUCUUGCUGUCAACUAGA